CUUAAACUUGCAUAUCCGUUAUAUCUUGCUUAAGAAAAAUAUUAUAAAUUUCCAAAAAUAAUGUCAGACGAAUUGCCUGCUAAAAAAUUCUCGCCGGAAGGGCGAUUGUAUCAAGUUGAAUACGCAAUGGAGACCGUAUCAUAUGCAGGUAGCUGUGUUGGUAUUGUAGCUGAAGAUGGUGUUUUGUUGGCGGUGGAAGAUGGUGGUGAUACCAAAUUGAGGGACACUACCGUUGUAUGCACUGGAAAAUUAUUUCAACUUUCAAAUGACACAAUUUGCGCGAUGUCUGGUGUUGCAGGUGACUGCCUUGUACUUACUACGGAGCUACAGGAUACUGUAUACGAACACAUUGAAGAAUAUGGUGAACAAAUGCCAUGUGAAGAAUUGGUAAGGCAUUUAGCCAGCAUCAUUCAGUCCUACACGCAAUAUGGUACUUACCGUCCGUUUGCCGUUUCAGCUUUAUACAUAGGAUGGGAUGAACGUUACGGUUAUCAACUAUUUCACUCAGAUCCAAGUGGAAGUUAUUACGGUUGGUUAUGUACUGCUAUUGGACGGGAGUCUGAAGUCGCAAAGAGUUUAUUGGAGAAAGAAUUGACUAAAACCGAUUUCAAAACGGAUUUGGAGCUAGCUAAGCAAUUAGCUCUAAAAGUAUUUUUAAAGAUCUCCAAAAAUAGUACAAUAAACGAAGAAAAUGUGAAGAUAAUGACUUUAAAACGUAUCGAUAAUAAGAUUGUUAUAGAAAAAAUUACGAAGGAUGAAAUAAAGGAGUUACUUGACAAUGUAGAUAUGUCAUGUGAUGAAGAUAAUUAGAAGAAAUUAACGUCUAAAAUGCAAUCUUAUUUUUAUUGUUUGAUUAUACAAUUAUUAAUCAUAAACAUUGUAAAUGUUAUUAUGCUGUUAGUUUUCAUAUAGUUUUA